GGAACAGACAGUUUAUACUACAUGCACAUGAAGGAUCAGGAACAUCAAACAUGAGUCUUUGGGUGGAUAAGCACAGGCCUACUUUAUUGAAUAAGCUGGACUACCACAAAGAGCAGGCUGCAUGGCUGAAAAAACUGGCUCAAUCUGGGGAUUUCCCUCAUUUGCUGGUGUAUGGACCCUCAGGUGCAGGCAAGAAGACUCGCAUAAUGUGUCUACUGCGAGAGUUAUUUGGGAAUGGAGCAGAGAAACUUAGAAUUGAGCACAUGACGUUUACAACACCCUCAAAGAAGAAGCUUGAGAUAUCAACCAUCUCCAGCAACUACCAUGUUGAGAUCAACCCCAGUGACGCGGGCAUUCACGAUCGAGUAGUCAUCCAGGAGCUGCUGAAGAGCAUGGCACAAAACCAGACACUGGACUCUUCCCACAGGGCAUUCAAAGUUGUGAUCCUGACUGAAGUUGAUAGGCUGACCAAGGAUGCACAACAUGCCCUCAGGAGAACCAUGGAGAAGUACAUGUCCUCCUGUCGAAUCAUCCUUUGCUGCAACUCCACCAGUAAAGUCAUACCGGCCAUCAGCAGUAGGUGUCUUGGAGUGAGGGUGCCUGCUCCCACAAUUGAUGUGGUGUGCAAUGUGCUGAAACAGACCUGUAGGAAAGAAGGGCUUACUCUCCCUCCUGAGUUGGCACAGAGAAUAGCAGAGAAGUCUGGCAGGAACUUGAGGAAAGCUCUCCUUGUGGCUGAGGCUUGUAGAGUACAGCAGUACCCAUUCUCAGAUGACCAGCUGGUGCCAGAGUGUGACUGGGAGACCUUCGUGCGUGAGACGGCCACAAUGAUAGUGGAGCAACAGACACCACAGAGACUACUAGAGGUCCGUGCCAGACUGUAUGAACUGCUCACCCACUGCAUACCUCCCGAGAUCAUAAUCAAGUCUCUGCUAGCUGAGCUCCUUCCCAACUGCGAUGGCGAGCUUAAGGCUGAUGUUACUCAAAUGGCAGCCUACUACGAGCAUAGACUGCAGCUAGGCAGCAAAGCCAUAUUCCAUCUCGAGGCUUUCGUGGCAAAGUUCAUGAGCAUCUACAAGCGAUUUGUAGAGGAGGGACUUGACUUAAUGUUUAGUUAGCUGUGUUAUUAUGCUACACAUUACUGUUAAUGUCGUUUUGUUGCUGGCUAUCAUAUGCUAUAACUUUCAUUAUAUAUAAUACUUAUAUAAAAAAAGACUUGACUUGUACAUUCAUAAAAA